AUGGACACUCCUCACGAAUUCGAGCCAGUUGAUGUCUCCGGAGUCCGAAAGCAAUAUCUGAAUGUGGCCGAGCCCUAUUUCGUUGAGGAAAAUUGCUCCACCGAUCCCUUUCACCAAUUCCACAUCUGGUUUUCGAAUGUUUUAGCACAAAGUAAUGUCACUUAUGAGGAAAUGAAUGCCGUCUGUCUUUCAACUUGUGUGUAAGUGUAUCAAAUAUCGUAAUUGUGGAGCAAAUUGAAUGAUAGUAACGUUGGUACGCUUCAGAGACAACAAACCGUCAUCACGCAUGGUUCUGGUCAAGUAUUACAAUAAUGAAGGGAUCACUUUCUUUACGAAUUCCAGCAGCAGGAAAGGUCAGCAAAUUGCGGCCAACAACAAUGGGGCCAUGACUUUCUAUUGGCCUUUUGUAAACAGACAGGUGAGAGACGUUGAUAAAGAUUAAACGUUUAUUUUACCUGUCAUCGACAUAGUUGUUCUAGGUCAGAUUAGAAGGGACUCUGGUUGAGGUGAAAGAAGAAGAGGCCGUUCAUUAUUGGAACAGUCGGCCUGUCCACAGUAAAAUCGGGGGAUUCAUCAGCAAUCAAAGUGAAGUGGUCGAAUCGAGAAAGGUGAGUGAUUAUCAGGGACUUGAGGAUAGCAUUAAUGGGUGCAAAUACUUUUUGUUACAGGUGUUAGAAGACAGAAAGAGGAUAUUGGAAGAGAAGGUGACAGUUGAAGGCCCAGAGAUCCUCGUCAAACCAAAAACUUGGACUGGAUAUACUUUGAAACCCAAUUACUUUGAGUUUUGGCAAGGGCAGUCAGACCGACUGCAUGAUCGGAUAAGAUUCAGACUUGGGGAGGACAACCAGUGGAUCCGAGACCGAUUACAACCUUGA